AGAGCAACAACAACCUACAAACAUAAAGACAUCGUUUUAUCAAUAUUCAUUUACCUUCCCUAGAGUUACUUACAAACACACAUCCUUUAAUAUACAUUCUUUAUCAUUCAAAUCUUCCCGCGCGUUAUCCUGAAUUCUGUUUCUUCAGGAAGCCCGGGAAACUAUCAAGUGUCAGACAUCCGAAACACCUCACGACCUCAUUAUCGUGCCAACCUCGAUCAAACCCGAGUCCUAGAUUAUAAACACUACAUCUACAUUACAUCAACUAUACAAACUCGCGCAAGUCUCUUUAACAGGACUUUAUAACCAUUUGAAUGCCCACCUCAUUUGAUAACGAAACCAACAACAACUCAGGCGGAACAUCACAAUCUAGUAAAACUGGCAAAGGCGCUUCAGCUGGAGUGCAAAUUCCCACCAAGAACGGCAAAAAGAAUGGGUCGGCGAGGGAUGGCGGCGGUGGUUCUGGAGGAGUUAUGGCUGCGGUGACGAGGAAUAAUGCCGCGAAAUCUAAGAACAAAUCUCCCGUGGUGACUCCUCCAACUCCAUCCCCGGAGACGAAGCCAGUUGUUUCCAUACAAGAUGACAGUUCUGUGACAUCACCGAUGUUGGAGGCACUAUCGUCGACCUCUCAGGGUUCUUCCGUCACGCACAAUACAAAUGAAUGGGCUAAGGAUAUUCCAGCGUUUUCCAGUUCUCCAAACAACCUUAUAAGUCUCGGUGAAUCGCCGCCUACUCUGCCAUCUUCAUACGAAGACAAGAUCACGAACUACGGCUAUCCAGCGAGAGAACAAAAGGGGUCUCCCAAUAAUCACAUUCCCUUAUCUUCUUCGCCAAUAAGUGCAGUAGGCCGUAGAAGACCUAUGAGUUACCAAAUGGAUGGAAACCUUCCAUACAGUCCUGAAGAAUACCACUCCGCUCUGGCUUAUGCAGCUCGACGUACUUCAAGCUAUUCACAACAAUCACAGGCGAUGCGAUACAAUCCUUAUCCGCCACUCCCACAUCAACCUCAAGCCCACUUCCAUGGAGCGCCCGAUACCAAUCUUAUGUUGUCACCAAGAACUUCGGGUCUGGUCCCUGGUGAGAAGGGCUUUUUUUGUGGAUUUGAUACUUAUCCGGCUCAAGAUACAAACAAACCUCCGAACAGCGUGAUUGUCACCGGAUUUGAGGGUGGGCUUAGUAUUCAUAACGUUACCAAGAGAGGUCUCAGUAAAAUCCUCACCUUAGAUGGUUUGAGAGGCGGGGUUUACAAUGCCAAGAUCCUUCCGUGGACUGCUUCAUCGGAACUUGCUUUCCAAUAUCCUUUGAUCGCGGUCGUUAUACACGGUCCCGUUCGAACAAUCAGUGACAGCUCCAGCGCCGAAUAUACAGCGUCUUCAGAAAGUCCUCCCGCUCCAGUUGACGACGAGGGCCCGAGCUCCCCAAGACUACCAGCCCGCUCCGUCAACGGCGACAACGAUGAUGACUUGAUAGACUACUAUCAAACAACCGUGGAAAUAUAUUCCUUGAGCACAAAGAGACAUAUUGCCACCCUACUAUCUACCCCGAAAAUACACGUACCAAUACCUCCAUCAAGCCCGUUGUUUACAGCACCAGCCCCUAUCGGUUCUUUAACGAUUCGAGCGGAUCGGGGUAACAUUGUCGUGGCUUCAGGUAUCACUGGCGAAACAUGGAUCUUUCGGCAGCGGGAUAGUGGUGAGAAAGUUGAGUUCAAGUGUAUUGGGAAGGUAUGGACAACCGUUCAACAUGGUCUUUCCGUAGAUCCCGCUGUUUUCAACAAUUUUGCUGAAGGUGGACGUCAAGCUGAGGCUAGCCCGCGAUCUCAAUACAAGGCCUCAAUCCUAUCUUUAAAUGGACGUUGGCUAGCCUAUUGUCCUUCGGCAGCCACUUCUCAAAUCUCACUCCGUGCUACUAUCCCAGAAAAUAUUGCAGCAGGGCGCAUCCCUGGCUUGAAUUCACAAGCUCCACCUCAUCUUCCUGCAGUAAACUGUCUUGUGGAUACUCCUGGUGGUGAAGGGGUGUUAAAACAAGUUCUUCAAGCGGCAACACAAGGAAUUGUUGAAAUUUCAGGCUAUGUUGGCAAACAAGGUGCUCAAUAUUGGAAUAAUUAUUGGAACAAAUCUACACCCCAGCAAGCGAACAGUGGGAACGGGUACCCAGCCCCCCAGAAUAUUUCUCCUCAAUUCCCUCCUACGCAUGGAAUCAAUAGCCAAGCGAGCACUGCAAGCAAGGAUCCUGGUCUGAUUUCAAUUCUUGACUUGGACUCGCUCGCCCAACAAACCUCGGGAUCUUCGAUUCACCCAUUGGCUACUUUCCCCGUGCCUCAUGGGUGUAGUUUCCUGUCACUUGCGCCUAGCGGUCUCGCAUUAUUCACGGCAAGUAGUAAAGGCGAUGUUCAGUUUGUCUGGGAUCUUAUGCGAUUGCACUAUUCAAGGUCAUCUCUACUGAAAGGGGCGAGCUCCCAGAGCGGAGGCCUGCAUGGGCCACACGUACGACAGAUUGCACAAUUCUCGCGCAUGACUAUUGCAAGAAUCGUGGACGUCGUAUGGACUGCACCGCACGGUGAGCGUGCUGCAAUGGUUACUGAGCCUGGAACGGUUCAUAUCCUCGAUCUUCCAGCUAGUGCUUUUACUUGGCCUCCACCACGACGACGCAUCCAACCCGGAAACUCUGAGCAGGUAAAUACUGAUGCCAAUAGUGCUGCGCUUUCUGCUGUUGGGGUGGCCUCAAGUGCUGUGUCGUCAUUAUGGACCGUAGCUCGGCCUCUGGUAGGUUCUCGCAGGCGUCGAAGUAGUGUCGGCAUUCCAGGCAUCACUGCCGCGAGCGUGAAGUCGCAAGCAGGGCAAGGAACACAGGCAUUGGCCGCUGGAAUCAGCCGUUCUGUGGGCGCCGCAACUGGUAAAAUGAAUGAAAUGCGAAAAUCAGGUGGAACAAAAUUGCAUCUACCUAAGAGCAGAAACAUUCCAAACCCAAACUGCGUCAGAUUCUUUAAUGGGAAACAUGGCGAUUCAAUCACCGUAGUUGGUGGGGGCAUCAUACGAAUCUACACCGUGAAAGGCAGGAGAGCAGAUCGCCCUGCGGAUAAGCAAAAAGCAUCUAGGGGUGCCAAAUACGUCGAGUAUCAAGUACCUUCUCUACCUGAUAUUAGGAUUGCUCCGGGGCCAGUACCCGACGACGUUCUUGAAACAUUGACCAGAGAUGCAGGAGAGAACUGGAAAGCGAGACAAGGAUCAACUCGGGUAUCGCCCCCAUCUGGAGCUGAAUCCUCAAUACCUCAAGCAGAGAUUGAGUCGAAUGCUCCAUAUCAGCCAUUUCAUACAGAUCGGCGAGUUAGCCUCCACGUUUAUUCUCACGGGAAGACUAAAUUGCCUCCUUCAACGUCUACAAGUAAUUCGUCUGACAAUAUUACGGCUGAUUCAUCCAAAAAGGCGUGGGCAUUUGGUGGCCCUAUAGAAAGUGUGAGAUUAGAUGUCGGCCCACCCCAACUUACGGAGGACGAUUACCAAGCUUCUUCUUACCAUCGAGCUCUCCCAUCCUCCGCCAUUGAGCGUGUGAUGAGGGUUGCAGACAGUAAUCACGAGGAUCUGGAGCAAAUUGUGGUUACUACUCGAAGGCGCAAGGGUGCUAGUUCUAACGGUGCCCCAAGGCCAGGUGAUGAGGACGAGGAGGGCUUCUUUGAAGAUGAUUGCGAGGUCCUGGAUUUUGCUAGCCAGCGGGUUUGAUCGAUUAUAGAUUUUUCAGCCAAAUCUUUUCGCACUUCGUAGCAAUUGCAUUCAACACAACGAUUGGCUGAGAAGGAGUUUGUUCUAUGACUCACGGGGAUACAGCUAUAAACGAUUGUUCGCCAUUUGAUUUCGGCAGAAAGUCACAGGACCUUCAUGGGCUUCUUUGCGUUGCAUCUCUUCAGUCUUACUAUGAUUGAAUAUCUCUAGAGGGGUCUGCGGUGAGCACUUAUGCAUAGCUUAGGUUUGACGGCGUUUUUGGUUAAGGACGUACAAGUCUUUGGGCUGGGUGAGCUAGAGGCUGGGGUACAGGUGAUAUGGAAUAGCUGGGAUUAUACAGAAUGGCCUGAUAUGCUUUUGUGAGAUACCAUAAAUAAGAAUACAACAAGUAAUUUUUCCAAUUGACAAUAUCAUCUCACUGCACAUCA